GUCGUCCCUACGCGGAGGACGAUCUUUCCUUUGAGCGCAAUACUCGGAAGCACGCCUUUAUCUAGGGAAUUCACGUGCAGACAGCUUGGAUCACACAUUCAGCUCGACCAUACGAACUUCUUCCACGAAAUCCUCAACUGAGAGGUAUAUCGCAGACAGACACAUAAAACAUUUGUUUUGAGCAUGCCAAAUUGGAACAUGUAUAAAGGUCGUUCCCAUGUUACGUCAACAAGUCUCAAUCAGUACGCGCACAGGCAUUGAUCAUACUCCUCUAGUAGAAUUACAGUUUACUUUUAAACUUCUGCGUCAUAGAUAAAUAAACUGUGUAACCAUAGGGUAGACGAAGCAGAAAAAAUAUCUUUUAUCUGCAAAAAUCCAAACUUCGGAUUUGUAUUCAGUCUUAAAUAAAAGACUUCCGUUUCACCUUAGGCACGUUAUUUUAUAUCUAGGAAUUAAACCAUAAAACUAUAGUUUAUUCGAUCGAAAACGUGCGCCUGUGUAUAACAAUGGAGGUAACGGCGUUGACAAUGAUCGUCGCGACUCUCAUGUCGUCGUGGCUCGCUAUUUCAGAAGCGAAAAAGUUUACAAAGCAAGGAACUUUGACGAAUCUUCGUGAAAUUAUUGUAGGACGUUGUAUUGAAUACCAGAAUGGACUGGUGUUCACUGACUCUGACAUCGAAGAAUUAAGAUCAAAAAACUGUACAAAAAUCUGGGAAAAAUUCUUUAAUUCCUUUGCGCAUCGAGACCCGUGUAAUGUCAGUUCGGAACAUUAUGAAGAUUUCUUGCAAGCAUCUAAAACUACAAUCCCUCGAAAUAAGGCAAUGUAUUGGGACGGAUGGGAUAUUUAUCAAAUCGUAACAAAUUAUGCAAAUAAAGGCAAAAGAUUGGUGACCCUAGAAACGACACUACCUGGUUACUUGGGAAGUGGCAUUUCAUUUUGUGGAUCCAAAACAGAUCCAACCGGAUUAGAGUUUGGAAAUUGCCCUGCUGAAGGUGAAUGUGGUUUUGGUAAAGGCGCAGUUGACGCGUUCUGGUCAAGGCUAUCAACAUAUUUUGGUGUAGAGGGCGCAGGCGAUGUAAAAGUAGUCUUCAACAGUAACCGACCUGGUGGCGCUUUUCAUGAAGAAGGAAGCUUUUUCUAUGAGUUUGAAGUACUCAAUUUAAAUGCAACCCAAAUAAAUCACAUGGAUAUUUUUGUGGUUACAGAACUCAACAAAAGAAGUGGAGAUUCGUGCCGUUCACCGUCCCUAAAAAGACUCGGUAAUAUUCUGGAUGGGCUUCAAAUACCACAUGCCUGUUACGAGCAACCACAAGCGAUUCUACAUGUUCUUUGCGCGGACGAACCGAAUCACCCCGACUGUCAAUUUCAACAAGCUGUAAACGGUGCAUCGCCACCUUUACUUCGACAGACAAAAUCAAGUUAUAGGCAAUUCUAUUAUUUGUAUAUUCUGAUCUUAUUUAUUCACUGGACAUUAUUAAAAUGAGUUAGUAAUGGACCUUUCCAUGGUGUCAAUAUCAAAAUUAACAAAAUGAUCAGAACAGGGCCACUGUUGUUUUCUGAGAGCUGUUUAGGCUACGUUCAGACCUAGCUGAGAGAUACUAACACCAGACGUACUUUAAUCGUUGCUAGCGAGAUGUCUAGACUGGGCAAAUAACGUAACGCUAACGUAACUAUUUCGCAAUUCAUAAUCGCUCAUUGGAUUUCCUGUUUACCAGGCUUAUUGUGAUUGUUCAAAUCCUGGCCGGGUUUAAAAUCAUUGAUUCAUGACUGUCGCAACUCCGUGGCGUACGCUAAUAUGGUGUCUGUUGGUAGAUUAUCGUAUGUCAAUGAUUGCGCGUUAAUACUGACGUUCGCCUACUCCUCUUGCACAAGUUUACACCACUCGGUUAACGUUACGCCAGCGUAACUACGUUUUGUCUGAACAUUAGGUAGUUUUCGCCGCACAACGUUAACCUUAACUUUAACGUUAGUACCCAACAUGCAGAGGGAUAAAUCCGCCCCCUUUGUAAACAAAUCGAAAUACGCAUGCGCAAACCCGCAACUAACGUACGUCGAGCACGUAAAAUCCUGAAAUUAACGUACUCCGCAACGCAAGAUGAGUAAAUUAUGACGUCAUCCGUUAACGUUAAGGUUACCGUCGUGCGGCGAAAACUGCCUAUUAGACGGGCACGCACUGUGUAACGAAUCCAUCUCCGCUUUCAGUCUGCUGACUGUAUCCAAGAGGCAUGGCUUAGCGGAAAGGUCCAAUAUCAACUUUCAUAUUGGCGAAUGAAUGUAUUGUAUGUCCACCUUCAAAAUCCGUCUUCACCCCAGUUUUGUAUAAACACGAACUCUUAAUAUAGGCCUAUUUGAUAUUUAUUUGCAAUCGGAUGUUUCAAUUUCACAAAAAAAAAUCUUAUUAUGUAAGUUAACUGACACUACUGUGUGCCCUACAAUUCGAGACCACUUUAAGAUAUGAAAGUUACGGGUGGUCUCGAGGUUCAGUCUCCGCUUAGAGGGUUAGAGCAGGGAACAGUCAGUUAAGUUACACUGUUCCCUGCUUAGAGGGUUAGCUUGUGUUAAAAGUUUGACGAUUGUUAUUGUUUCUUUGAGAAAGUGGCCUUGAAUUAGAGGGCUCUCGAAAUCAGGUGGUCUCGAUUUGGAGGGUGCACUGUAAUUUCAAAAUGUUGAAACGUAUCAUACGUCAACGUAUCGUGAUAUCCGAAAUAUUUACCGGCUAUAUGCAAUUUCUAAGAGAACUAAAUAGGCCAACAGUGGAACUCAUACCAAGGUGUUAAAAUGUGGAAUAAUCUAUCACAAUUAUUAAAAGUAUAGAAAUAAUUAGUAGGCUAGGCUACAUUUAAAUGACAACUUCAAAGUGGGGUUAAUUCAAGUACAUAUAAAUAUCGUUUGUGUGUUUUAUGAUUUGUGUAUCUUCUUUCAUUGAAAGUCUUCCUCGAAACAUAGACUAAGAAACAGGGGUUGUGUCCGGCUGGGGAUAUUGUUACUACUAGUUUAAAUACAUAGGUGUCUUUCUUUCUCAUCAUUGUGUUUCUUUUAUUCACUUUUUUCGACAAUUCCGAAACAUCAGGCUCAAAAAACAUACAUGAGAUGAUGUCCGAGGAAGAAUAGUUUUACCUUUAGUUAAGUACCGUAGAUAAGGUUAAUAUUUAUCUUCUCAUUUAUGUGUAUUUUAUCAUUAUUUUAAGACUUAAUCCUGCCACCUAGAUUCACAAAUACCGGAAUGAUGUCCGACUGGGCUUAGUUUUACCUUAUUAUGAAAGCUAAAAGGUUGGAUUGUGUUGAUUUCCCAUUUCUAUUACAUUAACUUGAUCAAUCCAAUCCAAUCCUAUCUUCGACUUAUAGACGCAUUAUACAUAUUCAUAAUGUUUCAAUUUCAUCAUCAUCAUCAUCGUCAUCAUCAUCAUCAUCUUCAUCAUCCUCAUCAUCAUCAUCACCAUCAUCAUCAUCAUCAUCAUCAUCAUCAUCCUCAUCCUCAUCCUCAUCAUCAUCAUUAUC